GUCGAAAUUGCCUUUUUGGAUUUGGAAAUCGUAUCAUAUGGUCGACGAGUUUGAAAGCCGGGGUGUGCUUGUUUAUUUAACGUUUGAUGGAUUAUUUUCACGAUCAGUGAAUUUCUAGUUUUUUUUUUCUUUGAGCUGAAAAUAAUGGCAAAUGCCCCAGUCAUUGUGAUCGAAGACAAUCCUUCAAACUUUUUAGAAUAUCGUUUACGAGGUCGGCCUUCUGUGAUUUCCUUUGAAGAGUUGAAUUUGGGGCAUUCUUCUCUUCGUAAAAUCGCGCCUUACGCACUGAAGAUCAGGCAAACUGCACUCAUACCAACCCAACAGUUUUUCAGUUAUGCUGCAGUUGUGGCAACUAUCGAUGAAACUAGUUUAGCUUGCAUCAUUUUUGACUUGGUGAAUGCUGAUGAAAUAAUUGCUUACGCUGGGCAUUUCGUCACCCAAAAAAAUUUCCUAUUUGAUCCUGUUUUGAGAGAACCAGUUAUUUCAGAUUUUUCACUGUUGGACAGCAAACCAUAUCAAAGUCACUUGACGCUUUUUGGAACGGCUAAUUCAAAUCUGGUGCUGUUUCCAGAUUACUUUGUUCACGGGGUUAGUGAGCCUUAUCAAGAGCUGGUAACAAAAUCUCAGGAUAUGUUGAUGUCUACAUUACAGCAGCAAAACAAUGUUGUUUCAAUGCCAAAUGAAAGCAAUCGGGUUGUAUAUUUGCUGCGAGAACCACUGACAACAAGUUUCUACCAUGAAACAGCAUUGCCAAUCAGUAACAAGAGUUUGGAGAGGAUAACCAAAAAAAUUCAGCCCAUGGGAUCAGUCAAAGUAGUCUACGGUGAACUGGGAUCUUUCCAUUCUCAUUCUUACUGCCAACCCAAGGCCACCGAAGAUGCUACCAAUUUCAACGCAGUUGACGAAAUCGAUGGCCGAACCACUUAUUACUCUGCAUACGAAGAGCCAGGGCUCAUGCCAUUUUACUACACGAGUUACCUGCUGGGCAGCUUGCGAGAUCGUCAUGUUGUCGGUGUACUAGAAGAGGAUAACUUCUUCAUCAUGGCCACCAAGCGAGUCUACAAAAGAAACUCGCCCGCAGUUCCAAUCAGCCCCGAGAGUCUGGAGGGAUCGGAAGUUGUUAAAAAGAUCCACCUGCCUUCCACCCUGUCCCUGUCUCAGGUGGUGACCAUGUUGGAGCUGCGCCAAAUCCUUCGCCACCCUUUCAUGUUCCCUGACGAAAUUGAAGCCAUCACUAAAUCAUUUGGAUUUGACGAGAGUAAUAAGAUGCCUGCCAUCCCCAGCAGCACUUUUUUCCAUCAGAUAGGCCCUAAGACGAUGAUUGAGCGAAUUCGAAAGACUUGGCUCAUCGACAUGCUGGACGUUCAUUACACCCAGUUGUUCCAGAAUUCCGUCUGCGAAUACGGGGAAACUCCCAUCGAUUCCAAUAAUCCUACGCUAUUUUGUUUAGACAUUGCUCGGCUGUGGAUUAAAGAAUUGCUGAGAGUCAUCCAUGAAGACAAACCGCCAAAAGAUGACCGCAAGUUGAGUAAUUUCUUCCGGAUGACCAUCGCUGAAUUUGUCCAGUCUUACCUGGCCAGUUUUGGCCUUUCGCCGGAAUUUGCCAUCACUUGCCAUCACCUCGGAACGGACGGCAUUCCGUCAUCCGUCUGCCAAAUGUCCGUCUCCGCCAGAGACAUUGCAAAGCACGUCCAAAUGUACCACACGACUCCGCUGUUGGUGUGCGAUCAUUUCAGACCUUUUUCGCUGUCCUUCACGUCGAAAUUCGUCUCGCUGACCAACCAGACGGACGUGUCGCCGCUGGAGAUGUGCAAGUCCACGGUGGCCGAUUUCCGCGGCUUGGCUUAUUUGGAAGUCCUUCGGCAGGUGGAUGGAUUGACAACCUGUUCAUCACCUCCACCCACCCCUCCGCCACUGCCUUGUCCCGUCAUGCCGGACUGUGUCAAGAAAAACCGGAAGAGCAAAAAGCGCAGGAGACGUUCAGUGCAAGAGAAAAUUUUCUACAAGGUGAUGAGAGAGCAACGCAAAGAAAAUUCAAUGGCCGCCAUGGAAAGCGACACGCCCGUUUCACCAAGAGUGACCCGUUCGUGCGUGAGGCUCAUCUCCCGCGACGUGUAACAACAACAAAAAUUUGAACCUGACCUUUAAUUAUAAAAUGGAAUAAUUUUGAUUUGCUCAUUAACUUUUGGCAAUUUUGUUCAUUUUGUCUUGUUCCUGCAUUUUCACUCGCGGCGAUUGAUCUCGUCGCAGUGAAUGUUUCCCCACCCCCUUUAAUAUGGAGAGUGCCUUUUGUAUUUCGAUGUUUAAAAAAUAAAAGAUUGAGAAAUGUCUGUAAA